AUGGAGGAUCAAGAACCUCCUCGGAAACAACCCAAGCUUGGCCACGACGAUUCGACCCAGGCACCCAAUCCUGCCAUGACUGGAGCUAUAGAGGUGGCUGGCAACGAGCCGGAGCCGGUGAUGGAGAACGAACCCCACGAUCUAUCCGAAUUCAUUGUUGGGAAAUAUGCCGCUGCCGAUGAAUCAUCACUCAAGGAGGGUACCGAAGGUGCUCCGUCCAAGAUGUCGAAGAACCAACUGAAAAAGCUCCGUCGACACGAAAGUUAUUUGGCCAAGCGCGAUUUGCGCAAAGACCAAAAGAAAGAGAAGAUUGCACAGAAAAAGGAACGCCGUCAAGCUCUUUUCGAUGAGGCACGCGCGACAGGUGGCGAGGAAGCCGUCGAAAAACUCCGCGAGACAAUACGAUCUACGAAAGCCAAGCACACCAAAUCCACACUGAUACCCUUGACAUUCGUGAUGGACUGCGGUUACGAUGACUUAAUGCUGCCCAAAGAGCGCAUUUCUCUCGCAUCCCAACUCACACGAUCCUACUCCGAUAACAGCCGCGCCCAAUACCAUGCCCAUUUGAUGUGUUCAUCAUUCGAUAAGCUUCUCAAAGAGCGAUUCGACACCGUCCUAUGGGCCCACAAGAACUGGAAGCGCAUUCGUUUUAUGCCGGAGGACUUUACACAUGCUGCUGAGCUCGCCAAGGCCCAGAUGACGGGUCCGCGGGGAGGCAGCCUUGUUGGCCCUUUCGCUGAACAACCCGAUGCGAAGCCUGAAGAUGGCGAGGUCAUUUAUCUCAGCAGUGAUAGUGAUAACACCUUGACUGAAUUGAAGCCGUAUAGCACUUAUAUCAUUGGUGCUCUUGUGGACAAGAACAGACACAAGGCUGUCUGUUACAAGCAGGCUGUCGCAAAGGGUAUCAAAACUGCCAAGUUGCCCAUUGGUCAAUACAUUGAAAUGUCUCAUCGCUCUGUUCUGGCCACCAACCAUGUUGUUGAGAUUAUGCUAAAGUGGUUAGAGUGUCGAGACUGGGGCGAGGCGUUCAUGAAAGUCAUUCCUCAACGCAAAGGUGGAACGUUGAAGGGGAAGGAUGGUCAACAGGUGACUGAGGCUGAGGCCGAGGCUGCAGUUGAGGCAGAACACGAUUCUGAGGGUGAAAAUGAUGAAGAAGAUGCUGCAGAGCAAAUGAAGCAGAUCGAAGCAAUGGAGGAAACAGUGGAGAAUGAAGGAGAAGAGGAGAAGUAG